CAAACCGGGCAACUGAUCACCUGGGAUCAAUCUCAUACUCCAUCUCAGCGUGUCGAACCUUUUUGUUUUCUCUUUCCAGAGGAAAAAAAGGAAGUUUGGACGCUCUUUCGGUGAUCAUCCGACGUCAGAUAAUUCAAACCAACCGACAUUCCCCGCCAUGAAGCCUACCAUCGCAGUCCCAGCCCUUGGGCUGUUGAUCUACCGUGCCUACUCGAGGAAAUCGUUGACGCCAGGAGGCCUGUUUGCGGCAACGCUCACUGGAAUAGCCCACGCCUACCACCCCUGGAACCUCCCCUUCGUGCUCCUCUGCGUCUUCUUUCUUGCUGGCACGCGCGUGACGCACAUCAAGGAAGAUGUCAAGGCCAAGCUGACGAUGGCCUCCAAAGGCGCAUCUGGUGGUGAAGGACCACGAACACACGUCCAAGUCUUUGCCAACUCUCUCGUCGCCUCUAUCCUCUCCGUCAUUCACGCGUACCAACUAAAUCAGCGUGCCGCCUCUCAAUCUCCCCUGCAGGCCGGCACAACCUACCAGGACUCUCCUUCUCUAUGCUUCUCCUGGGGCGGCGACCUGCUUGUCGUGGGCAUCAUCGCCAACUAUGCUGCCGUCGCUGCCGAUACCUUCAGCUCCGAGCUCGGAAUUCUCGCCCGGGGCCCGCCUCGGCUGAUCACCUCCCUCUCGCUGCGAAAAGUCCCGCCCGGCACGAACGGCGGUGUGACGUUGACAGGUCUUGCCGCGGGAUUCUUGGGGAGCAUGAUCAUGGUGGUCACUUCGAUGCUCUUCAUCCCUUUUUGUAGUCAACAGACGGCCGGGAAACUGGGCAGCGGCGGCGAGCCCUGGACGCAGGGCCAGCACCGUACAUUCAUGCUGGCUCUGACGGUGUGGGGAUUUCUAGGCAGCGUGCUCGACUCCUUCCUAGGCGGCAUCUUCCAGAGGAGCGUGCGGGAUGUGCGAACGGGCAAGAUUGUGGAGGGCGAGGGUGGGGAAAGAGUGCUUGUUUCGGCUACAUCUGGCGGGCAGAGACAGAAGGCUGGUGAGGAUACAGGCUCUGCAGUGACAAACCAGGCUGAGGGCGAGCCUGGGGCCAAAUAUGAUGCAAAGAACAAGCACCGCAGGUCAAGCUUUGGGGAUGACAGGCCCACGAGGGUGGUGGAGUCUGGAUGGGACAUCCUUGACAACAAUGAUGUGAACUUCCUGAUGGCGUUCACCAUGAGCAUGGGAGCGAUGCUAGGUGCAGCCUGGUACUGGGGUGUCUCUCUUGAAAACCUACAGACGUUCUGAAGGGGCAUGGAUGUAAUGGGCUUUGGAGGUGCCACAUAGCAGACACCAUAUAUAUAGCUCAGCCGCCCCUCAGCGCUCGUUCACAUCAGUGCAAACUAAACAGUUUCCACCUCC